UGAUUAUGAAAAUGGAACGCAAAAAUGUAGUGCUACACACAACAAGAUAGUUUAAUUGCGUUUAUAAUUAACUCGUUUUUUUCUUGUUAACAAUUUUGGGUGGAAUUGCGAUAGUAAAAAACACGUUUUCUGAGCGAAACAUUAUCAGUUAAUAUGGGUAUGCAUCCUAGCAUCUCCUAUGCUGUAGCGCAUAAUCACAUGAGAUAAAAGUGUUGUUGUUAGUCUGUGGGCAUCAGGAGACGGCGGCAUUGAAACUAAAAUAUAGUGAUGACAAGCAACCGAGGUACAAGCAAUAUCCCACAUAUUAUGCAGACAAUGGAAUAUGGUGAAAUGCUCGACAAAGCAAAUUUAGCUACGGCAUGGCUAUCAGGAAAAAAGUUUGGUCCAUUUAUCAAUGGAAAGUGGAUUGAAAGUAAUAGUGAAAAGGGAACUAAUGCCACAGAAGUGCAUUCUCCUGACUCUGGGGAAGUGCUGACAACAGUCACUCACAGCUCUGAAAAAGAUGUAAAUACUGCUGUGCAAAUUUCUGUUGAUAUAGAAAAUCCAUGGAAGAAAUUUAAUGGGCAUGAAAGAAAUAGAUGUCUUUACAGAAUUAGUAAGCAGUUGCAACAGAACUCCCAGCUGAUUUCAGAAUUAGCUGCUGUUAGUAUGGGUAUAAAAAUUAGAGUGACAAGAGAUUGGGAUGUUCCUUUAGCUGCCAAUGUGUUCAUGUAUUAUGCAGGCUGGGCACAACUAAUGGAAACUCAAGAAAAAGCAAUUGGUACUGCAGCAGUAGUAACUUCAGCAGCAUGCCCAUUAUCAGGACUAGCUUGGCUUAUAGCUCCUGUUCUGGCUGUUGGGGGUACUGUGUGCUUGAAGCCCUCACAACACCAUCCAUUAUUAGCAUUUGUUUUUGUUGACAUAUGUGUUAAAGCAGGGCUUCCUGAAGGAGCGAUUAGUGUACUUCCUGGAGCUUCUGAUGUAGGUGACUGUUUGGUCAGAAAUUUUCUUGUAACUCACUUAGGCUACUUUGGAUCUAUGGCUGUCGGCAAGAACAUAAGGCAGAAUGUUUCUGGAAGCUCCAAGACCCUUAAUAUGUUGGUUGAUUCAAAAUCAACAAUGGUUGUAUUUGACAGUGCUGACCUAAAUUCUGCUGUGGAAGAGGCUAUAAAAGCAUCAUGGUUUUAUCAGGGCCAGGUUCCAUGGUCAGUGAGAAACCUCUUAGUACAAGAAUCAGCCUUCACUGAAGUUGUAAAAAAAUUGGAAUCACGUAUGUCCCCAUUAAAUAUUGGAUCUUCCUUGGACAAGGCUGCAGAUAUUGGACCUGCAGUGAGGAGAAAUGUACAGGAACAGGUGAUGAAAAUAUUAAACAGAGCCCAGCAGAAAGGUCUUCAGAUAAUUAAGGCAAAUUGUGCUAGCAAUGAGUCAAGAACUUGUUUCUUCACUCCAGCAGUUGUGGUUGGAGCAGGGGCUGAAGAAAACAAUGUUUUGGACAAUUUCUUAUGUGUUCCAGUUCUUACUGUUACUGCAUUUAGAACAGCCAAGGAAGCUAUUGCACUGGCAAACAACAGCCUCAAUGGUUUAGCAGUUUCUGUCUGGACAGAGAAUAUUUCUCUUGCUUUUGAUGUUACUAAAAAGCUUGAGGUGGGUAUUGUAUGGGUCAACUGUCAUGGUGAAUUUACUGCAGGAGCCCCUUUUACACCACGUAAGAAAAGUGGACAUGGAAGUUUCUGUGGAAAGGAAGGGUUGCUACUGUACAAGAUAUUUCCAGAGAUACUACCCACUGCAAAUGAAAUCAAAAUGGACAAUCUCAAUUGUGGCUGCACCACCACCAUUGCGAACAAUAGCAGUAAUGAUGUUUGCCGAGCUGUGGAUGUUUCACUUAACAUAAAAAACUCAUGGGAGAAAAAGUCAUGUCAGCUGAAAACAGAGAUUUUGAUGAAGUGCAUAGACAUCAUGAAUUCUCGAGCUGAUGACCUUAAGAGGAAGACUAAGCUGUCAGAGUCUCAGCUGUCUUGGUGCGUGGAACGGCUCACAUUCUGGGCAUCAGUGUGUGGCAAGCAACAGCUCACUUCAUCUGUUUGUGUGGGAGAGAAACAUGUAUUGUCAUACAAGGAGCCUGUCGGCAUUGUGGCAGCAAUACUGUCACACGGUGAUCAAAAACUAGGAGUUGACAUUUUGGCUAGUUCCAUAUGCUUUGGAAAUUUAGUUGUGCUUGCAAGUUGCUCUUUGUUGUUAUCUGAGCUGCAAACAAUCCUCCAAGCAGCAGGUGUACCAGCAGGUGUCAUUAAAGUGUUGACUGGAAAUGUAGUGGCACCCCUUACUGAACAUCAAGCAAUUGAUGCCAUUUGGUACAGAAAAGAAGAUACAGAGAGAAGGGAGUAUUUCAAUAAAGUGGCUGGUUGGGGUAUGAAAAGAGUGUGGGAGAUACCAUCAACAGUUCCACAUGAAAUAUGGGAGCAUAAUUCCACUGUAAGUAAAACAGUAUGGGUACCCACUGCUGAAGGAUUUUGAACAGAAGAUUCCUGUAAAAACAUAUAAACACUGUAACAGGCACAUGUGGUAGUAAAGAUGCAACUUAUAUUUUUAAUGUGAAAAACUAUGGUGUGUGAUAUUUUGAUAUGUAAGUGUAACUGUACAAACAGCUGAAUAGUUUCACUGGAAACAAAUUGAAAUGGUUUUUGCUUUCAUCAUAUGUAUAUAUUUUUGUAACUUGUCAUAAAUAUCUCAUACAUGUAAUUCAGAACCUGCAAAAAAGACAUUUUUUAAGUUUUA